AUUCAGUUCAAUGAAUUUACAUCUCAACCACCCAAACAACUUUUACUUUCAACCUUUACCAAAACAAACGCAUUAAUAUCAUGUCUGACACUGGCCGUCAAUGGUUCACUGACAAGGCUGGCUCGGCUAUGAAGCCUGAUAGUCAGAAAUCCGCCACCGAGCGUAUGGGUGAUAAUUUGAAAGGCUACGCCGACUCUGCGGCCUCUACGCUCCAGCCCCAGGGCGAGAAGACCAGCACUCAGAAGAUGGGUGACACCGUUAGCGGCAACUCCAACGACAAUGAUCAAUCAAUGUUGGGAAAGGCCAAAGGUGCUAUGGGUCUUUCCGGCACUAGCGAGCGAAGUAGGUAACUUAUGUAUUAUGUGUAGUGAAUCACCUAUCCGUUGUAAUUAAAUAUCAUGAGUGCGAUGGUUGUAGUUAAAUUUGGAGGAUUGCCAUUUUCUUGGUUUCCUCAGCAAUCGUCCCGUCCACGUCUUGCACAGUCAAUUCGUCUUUCUUCAAUCGUUGCUUCUCCUCCAGGGCUUUCAUAUCUUCCUCCUCCUUACUUUCCUGUAUCAACCCGUUCAGCUCUGCUUGCAAUUCAUCUUCAUCAAAGAUUUCAUUUGUUCCAACUGCAAUGUCUCCGCCGAUGCGUACGGCUUCGUCUAUCUCUUUGGCAUCGGCAUUAGGCUUCCGCCAUCGCCUCCAUGGUUUGCUCGAUAGAUUCGCGUUGCAACGAUGGAUGUGAGAGGAUAGCACGGAGGGUAGAGGUAGAUUGAGCAUAUGAUUCGAGUAU